CCAAUUAAAACACCUCCAGGGAAAUGUUUCUGUGCUCUUAAGACCUGAAGCCAAAGCUACCCAACUGGCUUCUGUGUCCACUUACUUUCUUUCACGUGGAGAAGGACUUUGAUGCCCAUGCAGAGGUCUCCAAGGACAGAUGGAGGCUGUGGGUCACUCACUAUGCAGAAUCUGGCUGCUUUUCUUGCUGUUCUGGCUGGGACAAGGGAGGCAGAUGGUUCCCCCAGGUUUUGUAGAGAGCAGUUGCCGCUCCAGAAUUUUUUGGAUGAAACUGAAUAAACUCUUUCUCCAGGGAAAGUUCUUCCAGCUGGAAAUCUAUGAUCCUUAUGCUGGCCCCAUUCUGUUGGAUGAGAAACUAGCAUCUCGCUGUGGCUACGUGCUGUCAGAAGAUGUGUGGGGCAACCCCGUCUUCCGCGCGUCAGUGCUUGGCUGUCAUGUGGCCAACGAGGCAGAUGAUCUGUUUACUCUGACUGUGAACAUCAAGGUCUCCUCAUUUUCAAGCAUGAGGGCAGCUGUGACCUACACCCACCCUAUGUACUGCUCCUACCCUUCCUGGGCUUCAAGAGAAAUUGUGUGUGAAGAAAACUACAUGGAGGUGUCAGUGAAGACUGAUGUCCCUGCAGUUUCAAAUGACUACACCGUAGCGUGGAUGUCAGCACUGCCAGAGACUCAAAAUGUUGCAUACCAGCAAUGGCAACUGAUGUUUGUUUCUCCAUCAGGGAGAAAGAGAGUAACAGUAAGCGAUGCAGUGAAACUGGGAUACAGCUUCAAUAACACGCUGUCCCGAGUGUACCUGCGCGCGCCCUACCACAGCAACGAGUCUGACAUCAGUGUGGUCAGUGGUGUGAAUAUGAACAUGGUCACUUCCACUUCCAUGUACAGGCAGCGGUGGCUGCUUUUGCUGAUUGACACGACUGUCUCCUGUCCUGUUGAUGGCAUCAGCUUCACUGAUACUACGCUGACAUGGACGAUGCCAAGGGUUAUUCCCACAUUAGUGGUUCAAGAAUCCACCUUUCUGUCUAAAAACAUUGUAAUGGGAGUUGAUGAUCAAGUCAUAGUAAAUCCAGAGGAGAAGAACUACUUACUGGAGCACAACGAGACACACAUCAGAAUAACUAUCCCUAUUGGAGCAGAAGGUGGCAAGCUAAAGAGUUCCAUAUCUGGUGGUGUAUAUGGAGUCAUUUACAGUAUUGACUUGUUUUUGGAGCACACGUGGACAGAUGCAGGUUGGCAAACCACAAAGUACACAGUCAUCAAAUCCAUCACUACAGCUUUCAUGCCACAAAUGCCAACUGUUAUCAACAAUACUGUGCCAGAGGAACGGCUUUUUAAUGUUGCAUUUGGAUACUUUCUUCCCGAUGUCUCUCUGGUGGCAAUCGCAAUAGGAAAUGUGCCAUUUACCCCGAGGGAAGCACAGUACCACGACUUCAAGGUUUAUGAAACUCUCUUUUCUAAUAGAACAAAAGGGUUUAUCCUGGAAGUGUCUUUUGAUGAUCCAUAUGUUCAAAAAGAGUAUGUUAACAGAAAUGAAACAAAAUACACCCUCCUGGUUAACUACACUCUUAGCGUGGGGCCAGAGAUGACACUCUAUUAUCAUUCAGCAGAGGUGGAGUGUGUGAUUGCUGAUAUUGAACUACCAGAAGCAGUUGGCUCCUGUGAUGAAGAAAACCUGUAUCUAACCCUCCCUACUUUUGGCUUGCACCAGUAUUGGGAACUGUAUCUUGGUAACACGCUACUGAACCGGCACAUUGCACUCACCAAUGGGUAUCUGGCAGCUAUCAAUUCUACACACCUGAUCUUGCAAAUACCUCUGUUUGCUGUGGGAGUUAUCUACGAGGAAGUGUCCUUUCAGAAAAUCAAAGCAAGGUUUGAUGUUGCCCUAAGGAAAGUGAGAACUAUGGAGACCUUACAGAUGUUCUCCAUUAGCUGCAGUUUUAAUUCUUCAGAAUUUAUAAUAUGCCACCCAGAUGGUACUGUAAUGAUAUCUGCCCAAAUGAAGACAGUUCCUGGCAUUGACAUGAGUAAAACCAAACUAAGGGACAGCUCUUGCAAGCCUAGAGAGUAUAAUGAAGCGCAUGCCUUCUUCAAGUUCCAUGUCACUACCUGUGGCACUUCUGCAAGGACUAACAAUCUUGUGCUACUAUCAAGCAAAGGAGACCCUAGUGCUGGGGGCCUUCGUUAG